AUGAAGCGCACCGCCGUCGUCACCGCGGCCCUCGGGCUGUCCGCACCCGCCAGCGCGCUGCUCCGGUUCGGCUGCUCCCAGCUGACGGUGCAGCGCCUCGACCCGCUAGUCAACCCGGGAGAGACGCCGUCGACGCAUCUGCACCAGAUCAUCGGAGGAAACUCGUUCCAGCCGUCCAUGGAGCCCGGGAAGCACGACAUAGCGGCCAGGUCGACGUGCACGACGUGCCAAUUCACCGAAGACUUCUCAAACUAUUGGACUGCGGUGCUCUACUUCCGCGCACGCAACGGGACCUACAAGCGGGUGCCGCAGCUGGCGCAGGCCGGCAUGGAGGGCACCAACGGGGGCAUGGUGGUGUACUACAUGUCGGACGCGCUGUUUGACACGCAGCAGCGGUCCAAGGUCACGGCGUUCAAGCCGGGCUUCCGCAUGCUCGUCGGCGAGGUCAACUACCGCGACCGCGAGCAGGCGCGCAGCUUCCGGCAGCUGACGUACACGUGCAUGGACAGCCAGGCGUCGCGGACGCCCGAGACGAUGCACUUCCCCAAGACGCCGUGCCGGCUGGGCAUCAUGGCCAACCACCGGUUCCCGACGUGCUGGGACGGCGUGAACGUCGACUCGCCCAACCACCGCGACCACGUCGCCUACCCGGAGUCGGGCACCUUCGAGUCGGGCGGCCCUUGCCCCAAGACGCACCCCGUGCGCAUCCCGCAGAUCCUGCUCGAGACCGUCUGGGACACGCGCCAGUUCCAGAACAGGAACGAGUGGCCCGCCGACGGGUCGCAGCCGUUCGUGUGGUCCAGCGGCGACCCCACGGGCUUCUCGCACCACGCCGACUACCUGUUCGGCUGGAAGGGCGACGCGCUGCAGAAGGCCAUGGACGCGCACUCAUACGUCAGCGCGCCCAUGCUCAAGACGCAGACCAUCGCGCAACAGAACAAGUGCACCGUUAAGGACUACGUCGGGGAGAAGUUUGACGGCUGGCUAGCCUCUCUGCCUGGAGGCUUGCAAGCGCAGUAGAAGGCGAGGAUGGGCGAAAGAAGGACAGCUCGGGCAUGGCUAAAAGAGGUGGAUGCUUUAUAUUCCCCUAUUGG